CUCGAAGAGUAGAAUUUGGUGUAUAUUAGGAUUGAUUGGCUACCCAGAGUAUACAAGGUGUCCUGAUGAUUGGGACUUUCCUUUUCAGAAACAACUGCGGUGGAAGGAGUGACAAAAAAGAUACCGCGUUUUACGCGCGUUUCUACGCAGGGAGGGAUUUCCUGACAAACAGGCAGUUAUAAAUAUGGACUUGGAUAGAGCGGUUGUGUUGUGGCUUGCUUAUCGUCGAUGGAAACGUCGUAAGCGAAGAGAAAGUCGACGAUUUAACGUGCAUCCAAUUCUACGUGAUAGAAUGACGCAUAGCAUGUUUAUAUCAUUAUACCCAAAGCUCAGAGGACACAAUGAAAAGUUUUUCAACUACUUUCGGAUGUCAGUAACAUCGUCCGAUGAGUUACUAGAAAUUAUUCAAAAUGGUUUGACUCUAUGUCAAAAUUAUUUGGUACGGGAUACUGUUUCUGCAGAAGAAAAACUCACUUUGAGAUAUUUGCCUACCGGAUGUUAUUUUGCGGACCUGCAUUAUGCCUACAGAUUGGGAAAAUCCACAGUUACGGAAAUAGUACAGAAAUCCUGUUACGUCAUAUGGAAAAAACUGCACAAUAUAGUAAUGAGCGAACCUACGAAGGAUAAAUGGGAAGAAAUUUCGCAACAAUUUCAAAAAUACACAAACUUUCCAAAUUGUAUUGGUGCGAUUGAUGGCAAGCAUAUCCGUAUUAUAAAACCUAACAAUACUGGGUCUCUUUUUUAUAACUAUAAAAAUUAUUUUUUAACUGUUUUGUUGGCUGUAUGCGAUGCAAAUUAUUGUUUCAUUGCAGUUGAUAUCGGCGCAUAUGGAAAAAGUAAUGACUCCACAAUUUUUAAAGAUUCUGAUUUUUAUAAAAAACUUGUCGAGAAAACUUUAGAUAUUCCAGACCCAAAACCAAUAUCGCCAACAGAUAUAACUCCUUUACCCCAUGUGAUAGUAGGAGAUGAGGCGUUCAGUCUGUCUGAAAACAUAAUGCGUCCUUAUUGUGGUAGAUCUCUAACAACCAAGAAAAGAAUUUUCAACUAUCGCUUAUCCAGGGCAAGGCGUUACAUUGAAUGUUGCUUUGGCAUAUUGGUGAAUAAAUGGAGAAUAUUCCAUAGACCGUUGAAUGUAGACAUAGAGUUUGCAGAAAAUAUUAUUAAAGCUUGCUGUGUCCUUCUUAAUUACGUAAGAUUGAGGGAUGGUUAUAGAUAUGACCACACUCUAUACGAAACAUCUUUGAUCAAUUUUAAUACUGAUGCAGUGAGGACUAAUGCGAGAUCGCUGAAUACAAGAGACAAAUUCGCUGAUUAU